UUUGCGUUGGACAGUAUGGCUGAAGAAAGCAGCUCAUUCAAUGUCUGGCCAGAAAUAGAAAAGGCAGAAAAGGAGAACAGGCGUGAGCUGGUGCUUCAGGGUUCAGCGGUUGACAAAAAGAUCGAGAGCAGCGGCGGACUUCACGCGCGACUUUAUUCCCUCUCGCUCCUGAACUACCUGGAGAUCAGUCAAUGUCCCAGUCUACAUGAGAUCCACGAGAACAUCAGACAUCUGUCUAAUCUACAGAGUCUGGUCCUCUGCAGGAACAAGCCUCACUUCAGUCCCAAAAGCAUCGGUGAACUGAAGGCGAUCAAAGUCCUGGAUUUGUCUGCCAACCAGCUGCAGGCUUUGCCCGAGGAGGUCUGUUCACUGAGCGAGCUCAACACUUUAAAUGUCAGCUGCAACAGCAUCGCUGCUCUGCCGGAUGGUCUGAGCAAGUGUGUGAAGCUCGCCAGCGUCAAUGUGUCUAAAAAUGCACUCUCUCGACUUCCAGAUGACUUGUGGUGCUCCAGCCUGGAGCUCCUCAGCAGCAUCAUUGCAUCAGAAAACGCGAUAGAGGAGCUGAGCAGUGAUGUUCAUAACCUGCUUGCGCUGAAGGUUUUAGAUCUUUCCAACAACAAGCUCCAAGAACUUCCAUCUGAGUUGGCCGAUUGCCCCAAGCUGAAGGAGACCAAUUUUAAAGGGAACAAGCUGAAGGACAAGAGGCUUGAGAAGAUGGUGAACGGCUGCCAGACUAAAUCAGUCCUAGAUUACCUGAGGGCAGGUGGGAGAGGGAAAGGCAAAGCCAAGCAGCAGGAUGGAGAAGUGAGCGAGAAGCUUGACGGAGGCCGUAACAUCUCGAAGAAGAAAAGCGGUGCAAAGCAGAAAGGCAAAAAAGAGGCAGAGGAAGUGGAUGAGCUUAAUCGGAUGGUUGUGAGAGUUCUGCAUGUAUCCGAAGCACCCACGGCUUUAACGGUCAAAGUUUCUGCAGACAUCAAGGAUGUUCGGCCAUACAUUGUGUGCUGCAUUGUAAAAGGCAUGAACCUCAGACAAGGAAAUGCACUCAAGCGAUUUCUAGUUGCUCAGACCAAACUUCAUGAUGAGAUCUGUGCCAAAAGGACAACAGCAACCAUCGCAACUCAUGACCUGAGCUUGCUGAAAGCUCCUCUGUUGUAUGACGCCAGGCCACCGGAAACACUGAAGAUACCUUCAGCUCCUCUGAUGGGAAAGAACUUCACCCGCUGCUUGUUUGACGUGAGAGAUCAUGUGGUCUCGCUCUACCAAUCACAAAACAGCCCAGAGGACAAAGCAAAGAGAACAGGACGUGAGCAUCACCUUUGUCUCACCUGGAUCUGCAAUGAGAGAGAUAGAAGCACUCAGAUCUCCAAUCAGGGAAAGUGUCAAAGAGGAAAGCAGCCUGACGCUGAGGUACCGAAACACCUCACCCACGACUUCCACAGUGAUGGAGCCACCUUUGGCUUCCAGGUGCCCGGGGUGAGCCUUUGUUUCCCUGGGCACCUUGCCAAUAAUCCCGACACAAAGAGCCCAACCCUCCAGAGGCAUCUGGAGAGGCUACUCUCUGCUCCCCAAACCACCCAAAGCACGAGAGUCCUCUGGGCCACCCAGAGAUACUACUAA